AUGCCCAAUUUCUGUUGGAAAAAAAAAUAAAAAUACAGCAUUCACACACAUUCAAAAGCAUAGAGUUGUGUUGUGGGUUCGUCUUCCUUCUCCAAAUCCGCAUUCUUCAAAUGACGAUUGCGUGGUUAUGGAACCUGUGGCCCUUCAGAGUGGACGAGUUGAGAGGCUCGAAGCAAUUGGUGAGCAAACUGAAUUUACCCGAAGACACCAAGCAAUUCGUCUUGGUUCUCCGCGACCCCCAAACCCAAUCCCUAAUUUACAUUCUCUCCUCUCUUAACCUAUCGGAGCGAUCGGCCUCUGAUGCCGAGUGCCUCAUCCGGGAGAUCAAACCCGACGCUGUUUUGGUGCAGGCAGCAGUUUCCGCCUUCUCCGAGGAAGAAGACUCCCUUCCGUUGCCGACUUCUUCUUUCGGGGUAAUCAAACGCUGUUUUCUUGAUAAAAUUGGCAGGGACGUGUAUGAGAGUGUUGCAGGUAACUUGGUGCUGAGGGAGAUUUUCGGGACCAGUUUUCAUGGCCCCUUGUUGGCUGCUAAGAGAGCUGCUGAGGAUGUUGGAUCAUCGUUUCUUGUUAUUGAAUCUCCCUCUAGUUGGGGUGAUAGUAAUAGUAAUAGUAGUGGUGAUGAUAAUUGUGGUGUGAUUGAUAGGAGUAGUAGUUUUCGAAGUCUUGUUCAUAGUUUGGUUCCUCAGCAGCAGCAGCAUGCUGCAUCUUUGGCCCCUCCGGCUUUGAAGAGGUUUUCUCUUGAUAAGGAACUUAGGGUGAUGUUGGCUAGGGCUUUAUCUGGUUAUUUGGAUCCACUUUUGCUUAGUGGUAACAAUGGUGGUGUUAGUUCUGUUUUGGAGAUUCAGCCAUCAACUAGUUUUGAGACUCCGGGUUUUGCUAGGUCGAUUUAUCCGUUGCUUGAGGAUUUGUAUGAAAUAUUUGGCGAUCUUCCGUCGAUUGGGAAGGCGCUUGCGCAUGUGCAGAAGAUGUUGUUGGAUGUGAAUAGAGGGGAGGUUCUUGACAAAAGAACUGUUUCUGAGGUGUAUACUUUCCGAAUUGCUGUUGAGGGACUUAGAAUUGCUCUGAAUAAUAAGGGGUUAAGGCCGAUUAACAGGAAGGGUGGUGCCAAGUCAGAUAAGGUCGAGUUCUCGGAGCUUCCGGCUGAUGACAAGUUGCAUGCGCUCUUUGCUCACGCUAUCCGGAGCCAGACUGAGAAGUUUACGACAAUUGUGGCGGUGGUAGAUGCUAGUGCCUUGGCUGGUAUUAGGAAAUACUGGGAUACUCCUCUUCCUGUUGAAGUUAAAGAGCUGGUUGGACAACUGAUCACGAAUUCUGAAGGUAAAGGGGUUAUGUUAAAUCAUGGUGACAAGAAAAGGUUGUUAACGGAUAAACCUAUGGUGGCAGUUGGGGCUGGAGCGACAGCAGUUUUAGGAGCUUCAUCACUGACCAAAGUGGUCCCUGCAUCAACACUGGUGAAGGUUCUUUCUUUCAAAACUCCAGCUUCGCUCAAAUUCGGUCUAAGCCAGAUACAGAAAGUGCUGGCUUUUGCCUUAGGCCCUUCUAAAGUUGUUGCUCCAGGGGUUGCAACUUCAGGAGCCAAAACGUCGGGCAUCAUGAAGGUGGCAGUAUCUGCUGAAAAAAUUCGAGCUGUUACUCACAGUGUUAUAGCUUCUGCUGAAAAAACCAGUAUUUCAGUCAUGAGAACAGCUUUCUAUGAAAUAAUGAGGAAGCGAAAGUUGCGGCCUGUUGGGUUCUUGCCUUGGGCUACAUUUGCUGGCAGUAUUGGAACUUGUUCAGGCCUGCUUUUAUAUGGUGAUGGAAUUGAGUGCGCUGUUGAGUCUCUCCCUGCAGCUCCCUCAAUUGCCAGUUUGGGUCGUGGAAUUCAACAUCUACGGGAGGCGUCUGAAGCAGUGAUGCGAACAGAAGGAAGUAGAAUCCAAACAUCAAUAGAAUCUCUAAUAAAAAGAAUAAAGAACGCAAAGGAUUGAUAGAGAUAAUAUAGUAUUUUUUUUGCUGUACAGUUGUGAUUUUCUUCAUAAAGUGAUGAAAAAUUGAUUGAAUCCUUCUCAUGUUGACAAAAGAAGCCAGGAGCACUCGCUUUUGUAUGGGUGUGUGUCGAAGGAUACUCUAGGAAGAUAGACCAACUUCAACCAGAUCCUUGAAUAUGUGAAAGACAUAAGAGUUUGCGUGUCACAUGUAGGAGAUCUUGGCCUCUAUGAUCAUAAAGUGAUUAAGGAAUGUUUGGGCAUAGCCAGUCUGCAUAUGGAUAUUUACUUAAUAUUUUGAAGAAAUAAUUGAAAUUUUGAGUGGGAAAUAUGUGGCGUUUUAUUAUUAUCCUUUAAGAUCAAAGGCUUGUUCCAAGAUGUUAAGACAUGUAGUGAUUGUUGAGAAACAAUGCAGGCUGAGUUAUUUAUUUUAAGGCUUUCUCAAAAUAGUGGUGUGCUUGGACUUGCAGGCAUGCCUUUCACCUCCCAG